UGCCCGCCUCACCUCACCAUCUCACCACUUCACCUCAUCUCGCUGCCCUACUCUAAUUCUCUUUUCCAUCUCUCGUUUCUUUUUCUAUACCACAUCCCGGACCCUACCGGACCUUCCUUUCUUAUCUUCACCCUAACCUUCCACUCCAAACCGGAUUUCCCCCUCCCCCGCAGUUCCUUUCCCUUCCCCCCACUUCACCCUUUCACCUUGGGGGAACGAUAACACGACUUCGGAUAAAGACCCUUUGGAUAUUUUUACGGUUACCAUACCUUUCUGAUAUACGGCUUCUUUUGGUCUAUCUUGCGACUUCAAAAUGAGCAGCCCAAAGCGAAGAAUCGAGACGGAUGUGAGUGACCGGAAUAUACCCGGACUUAUGGACGAAGCAAAAUGGGCUGACCUGUUGAUGAGUGACUAUGAGGUGACUUUGGUUAAUGACAAUAGUGAGCAAGAAUUCUACGUGCGCAUUAAAGGCCCAGACGAGACACCCUUCGCUGGCGGUCACUGGAAGGUCCACGUCGAAUUACCCGAUCAAUACCCAUACAAGAGUCCAAGCAUCGGUUUCGUUAACCGGAUCUUCCACCCGAAUAUUGACGAGCUUUCCGGAUCGGUCUGCCUGGACGUGAUUAACCAAACGUGGUCGCCUAUGUAUGACAUGAUCAAUAUCUUCGAAGUCUUCGUUCCCCAACUCCUGCGUUAUCCGAACCCUGCCGAUCCUCUAAACGGCGAAGCUGCCGCGAUGUUGAUGAGAGAACCCAAGACUUAUGAGGCUAAAGUGAAGGAAUACGUGGCAAAAUACGCCAGCAAAGACGCUGUCGACGACGCCGAAGAAGACACCGAGUCCGAAGACGAGCUAAGCUCCGCCGGUAGCUACGAAUCUGGCGGCGAAGAGCCCGCCGGCACAAUGGACGACGUCUAACCAAUUCUUUUUUCCCUUCUUGUUUGAUCAUCUGGUCUCUUAUAUACUGCAUCCUCAUCAUCAUCCCCCCCCCCCCAAUCUAUGCACUUCGUUUAUGUCUAGGGAUCGAGCUGGCGUUACUUCGAGAUGGAGUUUUUUUUUGACAUAUAUGUAUCUGGCGCACCUGAACUACGGCGGUCGUGGAAAUGGAGUCUCGGAUUGGACAAGCUCAUCUCUCGGAUUUUGUUGAUUCCGCCGUCUUUUUUUAUAUUGUUUUUGACACUUUUUACUUGAAAUUUGCAGAUGUUUUAGCAUAUAAAUACGCAUUGCGAUUUAUGCUUCAGAUUCUACCAUGAUACUGUCCACUAAGCAUGGAAUAUAGAAUGGCACCCAGUUUGCAGUAUCUCCA